AUGGAGAACAGACAAGCGGUUUCAAACCCUAGUGAUAUCUCUGCUCCAACUCAAGCUCUCAUUCCUGAGCACGACAAUGGCAUUUUAACUUAUUCAGAACGGGAUGCUUAUUUCGAUACGUUUCCGCCCGAUAAUGCUACAAGGGUUCCUCCUGAAAACUACCAACCAAGUGGAGAAAGGGAAUGGUACUUCUUCACACCAAGAAAGAGAAAGUAUAAGAAUGGAGAUCGACCGAAUCGGGCUACAGUGGAUGGCUACUGGAAAGCUACUGGUGUUGACAAAUCUAUCAGUUCCAAUGAUAUUGUGGUUGGUUUCAAAAAGGUUUUGGUAUAUUAUAGUGGAAAAGCUUCAGGUGGGGACAAGACUUCUUGGAUUAUGCAUGAGUACAUAGCUAAAAAUGGUCCAAGGAGGCCAAAGGGUUCGAGCGACAUGAGGUUGGAUGACAUAAUUCUGUGCAGGAUUUAUAAGAAAGCAGAAUCGAAGAAAAAAACAAAUGAGCUUCCACAUGGAGAGGCUCCGAAUCAACAAGCCACCAACAGUGUUCAACCAUGUCAGAUGGAUAAUCAACAUGUACAAGCAGAAGUCUCAACCAUAGUUCCAGGAGAGUGUUAUAUGCCAUUCAAUGAGAAUUUAACAACUGAAAUCAACACUGCUUAUAGUUACAUUGACAAUGAGGCUUCCAUGUCAUACUUCAACCAGUUCGAUAGCUUCCCGUAUCAUCGGUAUAUCCCAAGUGGAUUCACAGAAGUUCCACAGAGUCAAUUCCUUCCGUUCGAUCAUUGUCAAGCUAUGAUGGCUAGUGUAUCCGAGUAUCACGAUGCAAUGGGGAUGGCCGGGCCGAGAUCAUGGAAGCAGUCAAGUCAUUUGAUGGAAGACAAUCCCAGCCUCACACAGUUCAAUCAGUUGCCUUGUGAUUGUAUGCCAAGAGAAGAAGAGGAAAUGGGACUUCGAAAGGUAGAUCCUCGGGACCAAUUUCUUUUUAAUUUUGAGCCAAAGCAGUCAGAUCCUAGCAACAGUGACUUCAAAGAUUAA